CUACUUCGGAAGUUCCAGAAAUCUGUACAUAAACGAAACAGCUGUUUGCACAGAAUUAAUUGCUGUGGUCGAAAAUACUCGAAGAAUGCAGAUAUUCGUAAAGACAUUGACAGGGAAGACGAUCACGUUGGAGGUGGAGCCUAGUGAUACUAUUGAGAAUGUGAAAGCGAAGAUCCAAGACAAAGAAGGUAUUCCUCCUGACCAACAACGUUUGAUCUUCGCUGGUAAGCAGUUGGAAGAUGGACGUACUCUGUCUGACUACAACAUCCAGAAAGAGUCGACUCUGCAUCUUGUCCUUCGUCUACGUGGUGGAAUGCAAAUAUUUGUGAAGACGUUGACUGGUAAGACGAUCACGUUGGAGGUGGAGCCUAGUGAUACUAUUGAGAAUGUGAAAGCGAAGAUCCAAGACAAAGAAGGUAUUCCUCCUGACCAACAACGUUUGAUCUUCGCUGGUAAGCAGUUGGAAGAUGGACGUACUCUGUCUGACUACAACAUCCAGAAAGAGUCGACUCUGCAUCUUGUCCUUCGUCUACGUGGUGGAAUGCAAAUAUUUGUGAAGACGUUGACUGGGAAGACGAUCACGUUGGAGGUGGAGCCUAGUGAUACUAUUGAGAAUGUGAAAGCGAAGAUCCAAGACAAAGAAGGUAUUCCUCCUGACCAACAACGUUUGAUCUUCGCUGGUAAGCAGUUGGAAGAUGGACGUACUCUGUCUGACUACAACAUCCAGAAAGAGUCGACUCUGCAUCUUGUCCUUCGUCUACGUGGUGGAAUGCAAAUAUUUGUGAAGACGUUGACUGGUAAGACGAUCACGUUGGAGGUGGAGCCUAGUGAUACUAUUGAGAAUGUGAAAGCGAAGAUCCAAGACAAAGAAGGUAUUCCUCCUGACCAACAACGUUUGAUCUUCGCUGGUAAGCAGUUGGAAGAUGGACGUACUCUGUCUGACUACAACAUCCAGAAGGAGUCAACCUUACAUCUUGUUUUACGCCUGCGUGGAGGCAUAUGAUUUCUGUUAAAGUUAAUUUAAAAAAUAAAUUUUAAUUUGAUUCUAGUUCUAAAUGUAUUCCUGUUUUGCGAACGUCUUAUGAUGUUGGUUAUUGUGUUGUACGAAGUAGUGCUUUGUAGGAGUGCGAUUUGAUCGAAGCAUAUUCGAGCUUGUAUAUAUAUUCAUGACCUAAUCACACUGUAGAACAGGCUGUCUGGACCUUAAUACUAAAUGUGUUUGACAACGUAGGCAUAAGAAGUUGUAUAGUAUUGAGUGAGGAUACGUGUUUAGGGAUUUGUGGGACAGCAAAUGCAAAUAAAGGGACUUUCAUUAAUACAACCGUUUUCGCGACGUUGCAUAGUACUUUACUGUAGAUAGCGACCACAUAUCCGACUUGAUUUUGUAUGCCCAAUCCACUUUCGGCGUCUUUUUGUAGUUCCCGUUUCAGUUGUUUGUUAGUUUGUUCUCUCCCGUUGUAUAGUAUUGAGUGAGGAUACGUGUUUAGGGAUUUGUGGGACAGCAAAUGCAAAUAAAGGGACUUUCAUUAAUACAACCGUUUUCGCGACAUUGCACAGUCCUUCACUGUAGAUAGCGACCGCAUAUCUGACUUGCUCUUCAUCCCAUGUCUUCUUGAAUAGUGUGUGAAGCAUGUUUGCA